UACUUCCUCUUCCCACCCACAAAAUUCCCUUUCCAUUAUUAUUUACAGUCCUCCUCUGCAUGGAGAACUAAAACAAGGUUUUUGUUUUCCAACAAUGUCGAACGAGGAGUCAGCCGUCAGAGUGGAAACAGGGAAGAAUGGAAAUGAGGAGACAAACCACAUGGUGCUGAUGUCCAGCAAGCCUCUGCAUCGAUUUGUCCAAAAAGAACCUCGAAAUCUUGGGAUUGUGAUUCUGAUCUUUGGAUGUGCAGAGCUCCUCAUGGGAUUCAAGCUGGCCAGCGAAACACUCCAAAACUCUUGCACAAUCUUCAUUCCAUUCUGGCAGGGGGCCUUGUUUUUUGUGUGUGGAAAUCUCUCCAUCUACACGGAGACGAACCCAUCCAAGAAGAUGGUGACUGUGUGUUUGGCGAUGUAUGUGGUUUCUCUCCUGGGAAUCGUUGUCUCAAUUUGCUACAGGAUCAACUCUUUUGCCGAACUCGGUUAUUCUUUGUCUAAUAGUAUCUCCUAUUUGGAGAACGAGUGGUCACGCAACAGACUGAGUCAGCUUCUGUGUAUAGAAGGUGUAUUGUUCAUUUCCUCUCUCUGUGUGUCUGUGCUCCUCAUCUUCUUGACUGCUGUUGCACGUUCAGCACUGACAUCCACACACAGUCAGGUUAUUGUUCAGCGCAUCCGGCCAACACCAACUGAUGCAGCAGCAAACUAAGAUGGGCCUACAGUAAUGAUCCCCGAUGUUAAGUCUACUGUGCAAACACCU